UAUCAAACCAUCUCUCUCUCUCUCUCUCUCUCUCUCUCGUGAGGUUUUGCUCUAUAUAAGUAUCUCCUUUGUAAACUUCUUACGAAGCAAACAAAUUUCACAUGGAGAGGCAAAUUAUAAACAAGAGAAAACGAGUCUUUUCUCUCCAACCAAACAAGAACCCUAAGGCGCUCUUCGCAAGAAGAUACGUGAGUCACUUGGUUCCAGCUCUCAAGAAGAUCAACAUGAAAAAAUCCUCUUCAAAAACAAACCACCCAAGUUUUGAAAAAACCGUGAAACAUGAAGUAGACAUGGCUUUCGCCUUGUCUGCUCAAGAAUUCGCUUGGAGUCGUUUCUUGCUACAAAAGCUAUUAUCUUCCGUUCAUGAUGAUCCAGUAAGAACUAGUAGUUCUCCUUCCGAGAUUCUAGAAAGAUCAAGCAAGAAACAAGGUGGAGGAAAACACCAAGACCGCGACGAAGAAGAAGGAGGAGAGAUCAAGAAGAGAUUGAAGGAAUUGCAGAAGCUUUUGCCAGGUGGAGAAGAGAUGAACAUGGAGGAGAUUUUGAGUGAGAUUGGAAGCUACAUUGUAUGUCUUGAGUUGCAGAUGAUUGUUCUAAAAUCUAUUGUACAAGAUAAUAUUUCUUGAAAAUAAUAUAAUUCAUUUUUUUAUUUGUUGUUUGUUGUCUUUUACAUCAGAAAAAGAAGAAAGAAAGUUUGCUACGUAGUUCUUAAGAAAA